AUGGCGACUGAAACACAGAUUUUGUACCGCAACAACCUGAAGUACAUCUGCAGAGGAAAGCAGCCCUCCACAUGUCUGCAGCAGGCACUAAUCACCUCUGACAACAAACGAAAAGGACGGUUCAGACUUACUGAUGACAAGGUGUCAAGGAAAUUCACAGCGAGCAUUACCAGUUUGACCCAAGAGGAUUCUGGGUCGUACCUUUGUGGUGUCCAUAGAAACACUGGCCUGGAUGUUUUCUCUGCUGCUAAGCUGGAAGUCAAAGUUCUCCCACAGCACACCAGCACUGUGGUCCGUCUCAUCUCUGUGGAACCUACUAGGUCACAAAUAUCAGAGAAACCCAUCAGAGAUGAGGCACCUCAAACCUCAGCUGUUUUCAUUGUCCUUAUAAUUCUGGCUGUACUGUUCACCGCAACAUGUGUUCUUGUUAUAGUUUGUAAAAGCAACUGUUGCAAAGGAGCUGGAGUCAACAGAAACAUGUGGAUUACCACAGAAGAAAGAGGGGUUUUUGGUUUGGCUGAGUUGAAUGAAAAUCAGAAAGUUGCACGGCGUUCAAAGCAGCAUUUCUGGAAGCAGCACCAUAAUGGUAAACGAGAGCAAUAUGAGUCUGACUACGAAACCCUCCCUGAGACACAGGACAUCUACAAUAAAUAAUAAUGAAUUAGAUACCAAUUAAAACAAAGCCAACAACAAUAACGACAACAAUAUACACUGUCCCCAAAUUAUGAUCUUCAAAAUAUGAUAUACCAUGGUCCUACCCUCUUAUUGUUUGAGUAAAAACUAGGUUUGUUUUUGAUUAUUUUCAAAAGCUUGAUUUAUGAAGCAUUUUUUCCAUUAACACACACAAAUGUAUUGUUUUUAUUGCUCUUUUAAAGAAAAAUAUGCUAGUGAUGUGUGUUUCAUAAAACACCAAUCAAAAUCACAUUUACAAAUGCAGAACUUUAUGGUCUCAAAUGCAUCUUUCAAUCCAUAGUUCCUUAAUCUAAUAAAAUCUUCAUUUGAAUGUUAUGAUGUAUGGAAGUGUAUUGCUGCCACAUCAGAAAAAGAAAGACAGAUCACAAACACAUUAUAACCUGAAAAAUUUAUUGUUAUAAUGUGAUAUUUUCACGUUAUUAAGAGAUACAUACCUCUCAUGUUAUAACACUAUAAUAUCUGUUGCUGUUAUUACGUGAAAGGGUCCACAUUAUAAUGUAAUAACUUAUAUUGUUAUAACGUGAAAGACUUCAGGUCAUAGAAGAAUCAGUCCAGCCCUCUGGAGGUAACAUAAUUUCUCACUAAUCAGCUGGAGGGCCACAGAAGGCACCAUGGAUACAAGCUACAUCAUACUUCACCUUGGUCUUGUAUCCAUAAUGCCUUCCCUGUAUAAGUCAUGUUUUAAUGUGAAACUUUAUAUUACUACUAUUAUAUUAUAUUAUAUUAUAUUAUAUUAUAUUAUUGUAACAUGAUAAGUUUGUAUCUCAUUAUAAUGUGAUAGUGAUCCAGUUUUCUUUUCUGGUGUGGCAGCAAUACACUUCCAUAGUGAUGUAUAUAUACAGGUAAAUCUUUGCUUGUUUUUAUGUAUAUUUCUUGCCACAGUUACAUGCUGUAAUGUUAGUAUAACAAAAGAUUUAACAGUGUUUGAACUUAAAUAAUUUCAACAUUUGCUUAAGCCAAGUGCUCAGAAUAUCACUGGACAGUAUAUACAGUAUGAACAUUGUUUCAAAUGUUUUUUGUAUUUUGUUUUUUGUUUUUUUCCAUUUUUCGGUCAAUUUUCUUUUGAUAUGGCAUUUUCCUGUACUUCAGUUAUUAUAUUCUUCUGUAAGUUUAAUGCAUGCAUUUUAAUGUAAAGCCCCUUCUUAUGUAAUAAAAUGAACCAUAUAAAUAAAAUUGCCUUGCCGUUUCCUGACAAUGUUAAGGUAGUACCAGUCAGUCAGUAUAUCAACUUAAUGAGACACUUAAUGGAGCAGAGCCAUGACUGAUGUUAGCAGUUACACCUGUGCUUUUCUUGCUAUGACAAGUCAAAAGGUCUGCCUUGAAAAAAAGUGCUGUGUGCUGUUCAAUAAUAUGAAUUCAAAAUACACAGUCCUGACUGGAGGUUUAAUAACUCAAUAUGUGCGAGUGGACUGUUGAUGUGCAGGGGCUUUAUAAUAACACCUUUAAAUGUAAUCAAAUAAAAAAGAUGUAAAGAUUGGUCAAACAAUAGAAAAGAAAAAUAUCUUAAAUCAGUCAGGCAUAUGCUGUAAAUGUAACAAAAACUGAAAAUGGACAC